CGAAGUCCCACCGUAGGGAGAUCCAUCUCUAGGGGAGACCAGACAAGCCCAGAAACGGUUAAUUACGCUACGGCUACGCUACGCUUCUCAUCUCAACACCGACCGACCCCGAACAGGACAGGACGACUUUAAAUUCAGAGGAGGCCCCCUUGACUUGAACUCUUCAUCAACCUCUUGGCGUCAUUCUUCGCCUCUUUUAAUUCAUAAACUCCGCUGUUUUUUAUCACCGCGGGCUCUUUCUUCUUUUUUUCUCCCCUCUUCUCUACCCCACCAUCUAACAUCUAUCACCAUGGAUCUGAACCCCAAGUACGACAACUAUGACUUCCCCAUCAAGGGCCCUGAGAAGCAGGAUGGCCACGCCGGCUACCUCACAGAGGACCAGAUCGCCAAGCUUCACCAGUUCCGCAUGAUGCUCGAGUCCGAAGGUUGCACUGAUCGAUUGGACACCUUGACUUUGCUUCGAUUCCUCCGAGCGCGCAAGUUCGAUGUCGAGGCCGCCAAAGCCAUGUUCUUGGAUACUGAGAAAUGGCGAAAGGAGGUUAAGCUUGACGAGACUGUGCCUAUCUGGGACUAUCCCGAGAAGGCUGAGAUCGGAAAGUACUAUACUCAGUUCUACCACAAGACCGACAAGGAUGGCCGACCCAUCUACAUCGAGACCCUUGGUGGUAUUGAUCUGACCGCCAUGUACAAGAUCACCAGCGCUGAUCGCAUGCUCCUGAACCUCGCUGUCGAGUACGAGCGCGUCGCCGAUCCCCGUCUUCCUGCCUGCUCCCGCAAGGCCGGCCACCUCCUCGAGACAUGCUGCACCAUCAUGGAUCUCAAGGGCGUUUCCAUCACCAAGGUUCCCCAGGUCUACUCCUACGUCCGACAGGCCUCUGUCAUCUCCCAGAACUACUACCCCGAGCGUCUCGGCAAGCUGUACAUGAUCAACGCCCCCUGGGGUUUCUCCACCGUCUGGAGUGUGGUCAAGGGCUGGCUCGACCCCGUCACCGUCUCCAAGAUCAACAUUCUCGGUUCUGGAUACAAGAGUGAGCUCCUGAAGCAGAUCCCCGCCGAGAACCUCCCCAAGCAAUUCGGUGGCGAGUGUGUGUGCGAAUCUGGCUGUGAGAACAGCGAUGCUGGUCCUUGGCACGACCCUGAGUGGGCUCGUCCCGCUUGGUGGGAGAAGAAGCAGGAUGCCACCGUCAUCGAGAACAAGGGCUCUGAGAUCGAGGAGCCCGCAAAGGCUCCCGAGGCUGCUCCUGCUGCUGAGGGUGCUGAUGCUACCCAGACUGCCCCUGCUCCCGCCCCUGCUGCUGCUUAAAAAAGAGUAAAUGUACCAAGGUGAAGAAUACGGAAGAAAGAUAGACGGGCGGUUUUGCUACGUCUUAAUAUAGACCACAUAUUUUCUCUCGUUUACCAUGCUUUUUUUUCUUUUUCAACAAAUGGGGGUUUGAGAGGUUGUCUGAACGGAGAUAUAUAUGGUUAAAAACAUGUUGGAGGGGAGUAGGGCGGAGCAUGACGUUUGUAGGGAGCACAAAAAAAGACUUCCAGCCCCCUUCUUGUUCUGCUCGGUGUAUAAACAUGCUCAUGUGGAUGUUUUAUUUCGUGUGUGCCUAGACUUACGUUAGAUGUUGGCUGCCGAUGACUGCAAUAAUUCUCAACAAUAGACGUGGUCUCGAGAU